UCUGCUUUUUUAUAUAAAAAUUCUUAACUACAUAUUCUUUUUUUCUUUUCUAAUAAACAACGAAUUACAUAAAUUUUCUCAAUUGAAAUGAAAUAAUUAAAAAUAUUUUUGACAGUACAGUGCAAGUAUUGGUAAAUAGUAUUUUUAAAGUUUUGUCAGUAGCAAUCCCACCCUCUUCUAUAGUUUGAUGACGUUAUGAAGUAUGAAUCAGCUGACAGAUACUGCGGAUUAAGAGUUAAACAUCAGGAGGACAUUUAAAAAGAAUUUAUAAUAAAUAUUAAAGACAUUCAAGAUGUCUUUAAAUACUGCACACGCUAAUGGGGGAGUGCUUAUUCAUUCAGGAGAGUGCAUUUUACUUUUCUGUGACAAUGUUUCCAUGGAAUUUCAUGGACAAGAACAACCGGAAUUUCUUGGACGUAAACAAGGACGACUUUAUUUGACUACACAUCGAAUGAUUUUCAAUGCCAAAGAUCAUAAGGAAAAAAUGCAAUCAUUCAGCUUUCCAUUUGUCACAUUAUCUGGAGUUGAGCUUGAACAGCCAGUUUUUGGUUCAAAUUAUAUUAAAGGAAAAUGUCGAGCACAAGCCAAUGGAAAUUGGGUUGGUGAAUGCAAAUUUAAACUUUAUUUCAAAAGUGGCGGAGCAAUUGAAUUUGGACAAGCUAUGCUGAGAGCUGCUUCAAUAGCUCAACGUAAUGGUCCGCAAUUUGAUGCACCACCUCCAUAUGAAGCACCAACUUCAAAUUGGUAUGCUGCACCUCCUCCAGCUUAUCAAGCAGCACCAACUGGAUAUUAUGGUUGGUCACCACCAACCAAUGUUUUUCCCGAUGCUCCUCCAGCAAACAGCGUUUAUAUGACAGAUAUGCCACCACCGUAUCCGGGAAUAAAUGCACAAUAUCAAGGUUACGCGAGCGGAGGAAAUCCUCAACAACAUGGUGCUUGGGGACAACAACCAGGUUGGACACCACAACAUCAAAAUGGAGCACCUGCUUGGGCUAAUCCAAAUUACAAUAAUCAACAAACUCCUCAAGCAGAUGCAAAGGCUGCUGAAGCUGCGCAAAGUGCCUAUUAUGAUCCCAAUAAACCUCAAUGCGCUUAUGUACCGCCUCCAGCAUAUUAUGAAAGUCCUCCUAGUUUUCAACAAGCGUCAGCAAAGAAAGACCAGUGAAUUUUUAAGAGUUUAAAAAAAAUGGAGGACUGCUAAAGAUGAUUUAAAUCUAAUAUUACAUUUGUUUUAAUUCUCGUAUUAGAUAUUUAAAUGGGAUAAAAAAAUACUUGUUUAUUUAUUUUUUACGAGCACUUCACUUGCAAACACUUUUUAUACAUUCCAUGAUAGUUUUUUUUUUCUAUGUAUUUCUCUUUUAUUUGCAAUUUUUGCAACAUUUUACGAUUUAAGUUCACAAUUUAUUAUUCAAGUUUUAUGAAAUUAUGAAUUUCAAUUUUUUUACUCUUAUUAUUUGGUAAAAUUCUAAGUGUUUUAGAGUUAAGUAUGUAUGUGAUAUGUUAGCGCAUCUUGAUUGGUAUUAAAUAUAUAUAUAAUGAUAUAA